CGCAGCCGAGAGAGGGAGAUAUUUGAAAAUUUGGAGGCAAGCUAACUUUGUUUUAAAUAAAGAGCUGACAUAUCGUUGUGAAAAUGGAGAUAAAACCUCCAGUUUUUGUGAACGCCGUUCCCCCGUAUGGGCAUGUUAUUGCCAACGAGAAGUGGCGAGGCUCUGUCCUCGUGCAAAGUUUGAAAGGAACUGGAAGUGUGAAAACAAUAUAUGAAGAAGAACUUGGCGUGGUGGACUUUCAUCUAUCUAACAAGAGCUGUAUCUUGUAUGUCUCUGAAACUGACAUUGUGGCUGGAAACAACUACAAAAGAAAACUUGUGCGGUUUAGAAAUGCCAACAGCAGCCUCCAGGGCAUAGUGGUGGUGGAGAAGACCCGGCUCAGCGAACAGUACUUUUCUGCCAUGCAGAAGUUUGUGGUGUUUGAGCUUGGCCUGACACUGCUACCUGUUGCCAGCCAGCUAGAAGCCUCCCAGCUACUCACACAGAUAGUGCACGGAGAAAGUAAAGACAACCCGUUCCGCAGGAGGAGUGUGUCUCGGCUGCUAGACCCCCUGGUCAUGUCCCUGGUUCAGCAAAUCCCUGGGGUAGGGAAGGUCAAAGCCAUGGCCCUGCUCCAGCACUACUCAAGUAUCCAUCAGCUGUGCAACGCAGGAACGCAUGAACUGGAACACAUCGUGGGCCAGGCCACGGCUCAUCACAUACACCACUUCUUCCACAACUCAUUGGUCUGACUCUGACAACACAGCACAGCUCAUUGACAAAUCAUUACUUGUUUUAUGUUCAAGUGUGUAAGGAGGGCAACAGUGAACCUGACACAAUGCUGUAAAGCUAAAGAGACUUCCCUAGUUGGAAAUGUAGUGGAAUUUAUCGUUUUUUCUUCACAUCUCUAUGAUACAAGCCUUGUUUAUACAAACAUAAUGCUUUGGUGGCUCUCUGUGUAUACAAAGAUGUGUUGCAGUUCUUGGGCCCCACGGGCCUAUAAUAUGUGUCAGUGCUAUCUGGUAUCCUUGGGAUGUCCCUACCCUAAGCAUUGUAAAUGUCAACUUCAAUGGGGAAGGUCCCAAGGAUCACGAAUAGCAUUUGUUGCACAAGACAUUGCAGAGCUACAUUGGAAGUGUGUGUGUAACUGACCACUAGAUGGAGUAGAAGAUGCCCUUCCCUCAUCCAGAACAAUUCAUAAACUUCCAUUGGAAUAAUACAACCUUAACCAAGGACUGUUUUACUUGAACUGAUAGCAGGUGCAAAUGGUAAUACUAUAUGGGGACCUUUUUCCAACCCAUGUUAGAGCCUACAUGGGAAACCUUUUAACUCCAAUAGAAAUGGCUUAGUUCAAUCCAUUUGCACUAAAGCAUUCCGCCUCAAUGAAGGAGCACUUUCUUGGCACAGCUGUCGAAGUCCUUCUUUCCCAAGCACAGUCUGAUCAUGUGACCUGGGCUGGCUGCGUGGAGCCUUCCCUGGCCAGUUACUUCUCUCUGUGACACCAUCCCUUCCCAACCCAAUCCAACAGGAACUAACACUGGCAUGCUGGCCAAAGCAUGAAUUGACUGAAUGAAUUGACUCCUACCUCAGCUCACCCAUUCUUAAGAACUGGAACUACAGUGUUUUUAUUUUUUAGAUGACUUCAAAUAUGUUCACUUUACUCAAUUUGGGAUCUUAUGAGUGUUACUACAUUUGGACAGGACAGUCUUUGUUUGCUUGUUUUAUUUACACUACCGGUCAAAAAUUUUGAAACACCUACUCAAGGGUUUCUCUUUCUUUUUACUAUUUUCUACAUUGUAUAAUAAUAGUGAAGACAUCAAAACUA